AGUUAAAUCAGGCCGCGAAGCCUUCUGGGAGGUGGUGUGCUCGGGAACGUCCGUUGGGAGGAGGGCGCGAAGGGAUGGUUCGGCGUUACCGGCGUCUGGCCUGGGCCUUUCUGUCGGUCGCCUUCACUUAACCUCCCAGAAACCGCGAGCUGAAGGCGCAUUCGGGCGUUUCCGGCAGGUCUCUUGUAAAGAGUAUAUUGCUGGACUUUUUACCCUUUUAUCCUGUUUGAAUGUUAUUUUAAUAGCCCACAGGUCCUGCCUCCACAAAGAUAAGACAGAUCUGUGAUGUGAGUAAAAGGAAGCCUGGAGAGCAGGUAUCCAUCAUGGAAGACCUUCUGACCUGAGAGGCUGCAGAGGCCUGAGAUUGAGUGGAACCUGGAAUUGUUGGAUCUACAGCUUAUCUUAACCCUUCUGCCUGAGAGGGGAAGGCUUGAAUGACAUCUCAACCUUCAGAGAUCAGCAGUAGCUCUGUGACAGUGGAGCAUUUAACCCAGAUGAUGGAAAGGAGAGCUUGGCAUUCUCAGGACCCUGGCCUUUUGGAAGAAGAGGAUAUGACCCGGUCUCUCGAGACAGUGACAUUUAAGGAUGUGGCUGUGGACCUCACCCAGGAGGAAUGGCAGCACAUGAAACCUGCUCAGAGGAACUUGUACCGGGAUGUGAUGCUAGAGAACUACAGCAACCUAGUCACAGUGGGUUAUCAAGUCACCAAACCAGAUGUGAUCUUCAAGUUGGAGCAGGAAGAGGAGCCAUGGGUGAUAGAGGAAGAAAUGCUUGGGAGGCACUGUCCAGAAGUUUGGGAAGUUGAUGAACAGAUCAAGAAGCAACAGGAAACUCUUGUGAGGAAAGUCACAUCUAUCUCCAAGAAAACUCUGAUUAAGGAAAAUGUCAUUGAAUGUAAAAGAGUUACAAAAAUAUUUCCUUUGAGCUCAGAUAUUCUUACUUCAAGACAAAACUUCUAUGAAUGUGACUCACUUGAUAAGGGUUUGGAACAUAAUUUAGAUUUACUUAGUUAUGAGAAGGACUGUAUAAGAGAGAAAAAUUAUGAAUAUAGUAAGUAUGGGAAGCCAUUUUACCAUUGCUCAUCCCAUGUUCUAACUCCCUUUAAGUGUAAUCAGUGUGGACAAGACUUCAGUCAUAAAUUUGACCUCAUCAGACAUGAGAGAAUUCAUGCUGGAGAAAAACCCUAUGAAUGUAAGGAAUGUGGAAAAGCCUUCAGCAGGAAAGAAAAUCUUAUUACACAUCAAAAAAUUCAUACUGGGGAAAAACCAUAUAAGUGUAAUGAAUGUGGAAAAGCUUUCAUUCAGAUGUCAAACCUUAUUAGACACCAGAGAAUUCAUACAGGGGAGAAACCUUAUGCAUGUAAAGAUUGUUGGAAAGCCUUCAGUCAGAAAUCAAAUCUCAUUGAACAUGAGAGAAUUCAUACUGGAGAAAAACCCUAUGAAUGUAAAGAAUGUGGAAAAUCCUUCAGCCAGAAGCAAAAUCUUAUUGAGCAUGAGAAAAUUCAUACUGGGGAGAAACCUUAUGCGUGUAAUGAAUGUGGUAGAGCCUUUUCUCGAAUGUCAUCUGUUACUCUACACAUGAGAAGUCACACAGGGGAGAAACCUUAUAAAUGUAAUAAAUGUGGAAAAGCCUUCUCUCAAUGCUCAGUGUUUAUUAUACAUAUGAGAAGUCAUACAGGUGAGAAACCCUAUGUAUGUAGUGAAUGUGGGAAAGCAUUUUCUCAAAGUUCAUCCCUUACUGUACAUAUGAGAAAUCAUACAGCUGAGAAACCCUAUGAAUGUAACGAGUGUGGAAAAGCCUUCAGCAGGAAAGAAAAUCUUAUUACACAUCAGAAAAUUCAUACUGGAGAGAAACCAUAUGAAUGUAAUGAAUGUGGGAAAGCUUUUAUUCAGAUGUCAAACCUCAUUAGACACCAGAGAAUUCAUACUGGUGAGAAACCUUAUGCAUGUACAGUAUGUGGGAAAGCCUUUAGUCAGAAAUCAAAUCUCACUGAACAUGAGAAAAUUCAUACUGGAGAAAAACCCUAUCAUUGUAAUCAAUGUGGAAAAGCUUUCAGUCAGAGACAGAAUCUCCUUGAACAUGAAAAAAUUCAUACUGGAGAGAAACCGUUUAAAUGUAAUGAAUGUGGUAAAGCCUUCUCUCGAAUCUCAUCUCUUACUCUUCAUGUAAGAAGUCAUACAGGGGAGAAACCUUACGAAUGUAAUAAAUGUGGAAAAGCCUUCUCUCAAUGCUCAUUACUUAUUAUACAUAUGAGAAGUCAUACUGGUGAGAAACCUUUUGAAUGUAAUGAAUGUGGGAAAGCAUUCUCUCAAAGAGCAUCCCUUUCAAUACAUAAGAGAGGGCAUACAGGUGAGAAACGCCGAGUAUACUAAAUGAGGGAAGGCCUUUUCUUAAAUUCAACUCAUGCUUUACAUUUGAAACAUAUUGGUCCAAACAAAAAAAUGAAAAUCUUUAUGGAAAAUUGUAAAACUUCAUUGAAGGGCAUAAGACUUGAAUAAAUCAAGAGAGAUAAUCAUAUAUGGAGAUGGAAAGCCCCAAUCAUAAAAAUGUCAGUUCUCUUUGAAUUAAUCUAUAGACCUAAUAUAGUUCCAAACAUCUAACAAGAAUCUUCUAGGAUCUUUACAAAAUGAUUCUAAAAUUCAUGUGAAAUGGAAGUCCCUGGAUUUCUGAGACAGUUUUGAAAAAGAACAGAGAGGAUACAUCUUUUACCAUAUAUUACACAAAAGUUAAUGGUCAUUAAAUAGUCUGUGGUAUUGGAGCAUGGAUAGUUAAAUAAACAGAUUUUACAGGAUAGAAUGCCUAGAAAUAAAUAAAUGAUUAUACAUGAAUGUGGUGCAUCUUAGACAUGAUAUCAUGAAUCAGUAGGGAAAUGACAGCCAAUAAAAUUCAUUGGAGGAUUUGGUUCUCCAUUUUGGGGGAAAAAAAACUACAUGCAAUCUUACAAUGUAUAAAGAAACAGAAUUCCAAAGGAUUUGAACACUGGAAUGUAAAAAACCAAAGUGAAGUUCUUGGAAGGAAAUAUAAAAAUGAUGUCUCACCUUGAGGCAGGGAAGCAUUUUUUAAAAAACAAAAGGACCCUGCCUUUCAAUUUCUGUAUAUUCAUUCUAAAGAAACUCACAAAUCCCAUAAGAAAUAUAUAUAUGAAUUGAAAACAAGCUAAAUAUUGAUGGGGUAAUGGAUAAAUAACGUGAUAUAGUCAAAUAAUGGAAUAGUAUACAGUAGUUAAAAAUAGUAGACUAGAUCUGUACUUUGCAACAUGGGUAGUUGUGUAAAACAGUAUAGAGGGAAAAAAAUCAAGAUCCCCAAAUGAAACAUUGUAUAAUGACAUUCAUGUAAGUUAGAAUUAAAUCAUAAAGAAUAGUAUUGUUUUUAUUAUUGAAAUAUGUAUAUAUUUAAGAUGGACUAGAAGGGUACUACAUACCAAAUUAUUGUUAGUAUUGUCUCUGCCAAGAGAUUAGGAUUGAGGGUGUUGAUCAGAGGGAGCUUUUAGCUUUAUUUGUAAUUUUUAUGCCUUAAAAAAGAUUGAUAGCAUAUAAAAUAAAUUUUAAAGUUAAUGAUACACAGUGGCAAUAUGGAUGUCUUGUCUUAAUGGUGUUUAUGUAGUUAUUUUUCAAAAUUUGUGGACUAGGGGAUACCUGUGCCCAUAAAAAUAUCAUUAUGAUGGAUCCAUAUGCCAUAUCAGAUGUUGAGCCAUUUUAUCCAAAAUAUUUCCAGAAAAUUAAUAAUUAGAAGUGAUAGUCCUAUUUACUAUAUAAUAUGAAAUUAGUAUACUUUAUCAAUCUUAUGAUGCUUUUUUCACAUUUUAACAUUUCUAAAAUUGUGACUCAUCUAACCAAUUAUGUCUUAGGUUUAAGUAUAUAUGUAAUUAUUAAAAAUUUGAAAAUCAGAUGGCAGUGUGAUAAAUCAAGUAUUUGCCAUUUUAGGGCAUCAUGGUCUACUAAUGAUCCCUACUCUCUCAGUAUGUCUCUUAUUAUUUGACAAUAGAUGUGUUAGAUUCAUAGCUAACUAGUAGGUAAUAUAUUUAGAGUCAUUGUGUAGAGAAUAAGAUUUUCCUGAGAAAUUGACUAUGUGAGAUCAGUUUUCUUGACCUGUAAGUUUCCAUACAACCAGGAUAGACAUUAAUAUCAUUGUUAAUCAUUACAACAUUUUGAAAUGAGAUAGGGUUUUAUUUUCUUGAGAUGGCCAUAAGCAAUUUUGUAACAUAGCUUCGCUCUUAAUCUACAGAUCAUUUUACUCCUUUCACAACCCUUGAUUUAUAUGACCUAUCUCAUUUUGGUUGGAAGUGGUGGUAGUCUCAGACCCUGAGCAGUAAUAACAGAGUUCUAAAAGGAUCUCAUUCCUUAUAAUAAUAUAUGAACCAACCCUUACUUAAGGUAAUGUUUUAUCCCAGUAUCUCUACAAUAUUACUUGAUAUACAGAAAACCAUUAGUGCCUUUUUUAAAAGGAGAUUAGAGUUGGGGCUAUUGAUCAAAAGGGAACUUUAACAAUGAAUGUUUGAAUGGUAACUAUAUUUGUUUGAAGGUGAUUUCACAAAACAACUCAAAUUACAGCUGUGAUAUACAAACCUGACUGUAUCAAUUUUGACUUUUAUUAGCUUUCUUUAAAGCUUGACAGUGAUUUAUUACAUUUGUAAAUUGCAGGGAUGGAUUUUCAUGAAAACAAUUUACCAAAACUUAAGUAUCUAAAUGAGUAUUGUCAUUUCAUAGCGUAUUCUUUAAUAGGUUUUAUGCUAAGUCCAAUUUUGCCAACACAUCUAAUUUUUGUAGACUUUUAUUUUCAAAAAUAGUUUUCAAAAUUCAUGUGUUAUCUACGUAACAAAACCUGUGUUUGAUGAGGAUGUGCAGAAAUUGGAAACCUAAAAAAAAAAAAAAGAAAGAAAUUGGAAACCUUGUGCAUUGUUGGUUAGAAGGUAAAAUUGUAUAGCUGCUGAGGAAGACAGUUUGGCAGUUCCUCAAUAAGUUAAACUUCUAAUUACCAUAUGUUUCUGCAUUUCUGUACCUAAGUAGACAUCCAGAAGAAUCGAAACCAGGGGCUCAAAUUGAUCCUUGUACACCAGUGUUCAUAGCAGCAUAUUCAGAAUAGCCAAAAAAUGGAAACAGUCCAACUGUCCAGUAAUGGAUAAAUGGAUAAACAAAAUGUGAGAUAUACAUACAAUGGAAUAUUAUUCAGCCAUACAAAAGAAAGAAAUUCUGACUCAUACAAAAUGUAAAUAAAUCUUGGAAACAAUAUGCUAAAUGAAUCAACCCAGACUUUUAUGUUCUUUUAUGAACAAAAAUUGUAUGAUUCCACUUAUAUGAAGUAACUAAAAUAGGCAAAUUCAUAGAGAAAGUAGAAUAGAUUGAGAUUACUGGGGUGUGGAGGAAGAAAUGGAGUUUGUUUAAUGAGUAAAUUGGUUCUGUUGCAGAUGAGAAAGUAGUAAUGGUGAUUAUAUAGCAUUAUGUAUGUAUUUAUGACCACUUAAUUGUACACAUAAAAAUUGUCAAAAUGUUAAGCUUCA